GGCACUGACUGGCAUCACUGCUGGGCACUGACUGGUGGCACUGACUGGCACAACCCCUGGGCACUGACUGGUGGCACUGACUGGCAGCACUGCUGGGCUACACUGGUGGGUGGCACUGGUGGGGCACAGGUGGGUGGGGUGGUGGGCACAGGUAGGUGGCACUUCUGGGCACAGGUGUGUGACACUGCAGAGUGGCACAGGUGGGCGGAGCUAGUGGGCGCACUGCUGGGCACAGGUGGGCGGAACUUGCGGGUGGCAUUGCUGGGCACCGAUCAUCAGGGCACUGAUCAUCAGUGUCCCUGAUGAUCGGUGCCGAUCCCCGCUCUGACAACUGCUGGUUCUCGGCAGUACUUUCCUCAUGAUCUGACAGCGUGAGGAAAGUGCAGCCGAGAACCGGCACUUGCAU